AUGUCACAACCUUUUUCCCAAAAUCGUAUUGACAAAAAGAGCUUUAGAAUAGUAUUCCGGUAUAUUUUAAAGGUGAUACCACGAAGGCAUAAGUUAGUGAUUGUCGGAAAGCGGAAGAUACUUUACCAAUUGCUCUUUCAUUCAAAAUAUGAUAUAUCAACUGUUGAAAGGGAUAAUGACAACGAUACCGACAGGCGAAGCUCAAGAGUUCCAUCUUCCAGAAUAUCCAGAUUAUUCCAUUAUGGUUCACUCGCGGCAAAUAUUGGAUUAAAUGUGGCGGCACAAAGCCUGUCACAGGCAGCAAGAGGCCAAUCCCCUAGUUUAAAAUCAUUGAUAUUGUCGGACUCUAAUAUUGAAAGAAUUACUAGAAAGUUUUCACAAAUGAGAGGAGCAGCGUUAAAAAUUGGUCAAAUGAUGUCAUUUCAAGACGAAAAAGUGUUGCCAAGAGAAUUGUACGAAACACUCUCGAGAGUUCAAAAUAAUGCGCAUUAUAUGCCUGUAAGACAAUUAGAAAAAUUAAUGAAAGCUGAAUUAGGAGAAACUUGGGAGUCAAAGUUCAAAUCAUUCAAUAAGAUUCCAAUUGCAGCAGCUAGUAUAGGUCAAGUUCAUUCUGCAGUACUAAAUAGUGGUGAAAAGGUAGUAGUCAAGGUCCAGUACCCUGGUGUGAGAGACUCGAUUGACUCUGAUUUAAGUAAUCUUCUGAUGUUAUUAACUGCAUCGAGAUUAUUACCAAAAGGUUUGUUCUUAGAUGAAACUGUUGCAAACGCAAGAAAGGAACUGAAAGAAGAAUGUGAUUAUAUAAGGGAGGCGGAUGCCUUACGAAAAUUCAAAGAUCUGUUAAAGGAUGACCCAGUGUUUGAAGUCCCACAUGUCUUUCUAGAUUUAACUACGCCUAAUAUAUUAACAAUGUCUAUGAUGGAGGGAAUCGAAAUUAUGAAGCUACCAAAAAGUCUGUUAACCCAAGAUACUAAAAACUUUAUUUCUGAAAAUAUUAUGAGGUUAUGUUUAGAAGAGAUAGCAUCAUUUGGAUAUAUGCAAACUGAUCCAAAUUGGGCAAACUUUUUAUAUAAUCCUAAAUCUAAUAAAAUAGAACUAUUAGAUUUUGGCGCAUCGAGAUCGUUCCCCGAAGGAUUCAUUACAGAUUAUAGAAAGUUAUUAACUUAUGCUACUUUGAGAGACCGUUCAAAGGUAAGAGAACUGUCAGAAGUACUUGGUUAUCUCAAUGGUUUAGAAUCACAGGCGAUGAUUGACGCUCAUGUAGAUAGUGUGAUGACAUUGGGAGAACCUUUUGCCGGGGAUGACCCAAGCAUUCCCUUCGAUUUUCAGAACCAGACGGUGUCUGACAGAAUCAGAGAUAACAUUGGAUUAAUGUUGAAUGAGAGACUGUGUCCACCUCCGGAAGAAACGUACUCUUUGCACAGAAAAUUUAGUGGAAUAUUUCUGCUUUGUGCACGAAUGGGUGCAUCGGUACAUUGUGCAAAGCUCUUCAAAAAGUAUUUUUACCUGGUAGAUUGA